AUGCAUGCCUCAACCGCUCUCGCUGCCUUGCUGGCUGCGGCAUCAGCUGCCAAUGCGUUCUCUGGCACUUAUCCGAUCGUCGCCUGGAGCUCGAGCAGACUCACCUCGCUCGCCCAACUAGACCCCGCCCAGUCUUCCUCCUCCCGCUCCUCCCGCUCCGCCCGCUCCGCCCAGUCCGCCCAGCGUGCCUUCUCUGCCGAUGUGGACGACCUGUGCGACCUCUCUUCCCUCUUUGUCGUAUCGGUCCCCGGCCUGCACAACUCGGACCUCUCCCUCCUCCCCUCCAUCUCCGACUCGCCCUCAGGCAUCAAAUCCUCCCUCGCCUCUGCACGAGUAGCCGGUAACGCUCUCACUUUCCCUUACGUGAGCGAGAAGCUUGCGCGACCACCGGCGGAGCAGUUUGUGCGGAGGUUCCGGAAGGAGUGCGGGAAGGACAAGGUGGUCAAGUUCAUCAAGGUGGAUGGGCUGGUGGGCGAGUUUGCGGAUGAGAAGGAGGAGGUGGAGAAGACGAAGGGGACAUUGGCCCGGGUUGACAAGCUCGUCGGUGGCCUGAUCCGGUCCGCAUCGACACCCUACGCCGUCAUCCUCACCUCCUUGCCGACCUCUCUUCCCGUCCGCCCGUGCAACACGCAGCACGCCGCCUCGCACUCUCUCAACAAGCGGCAAGCACCCGGUGCAGGCGCGAGCGACGAUGCCAUCGUUGAGGAACUGCUCGAGGAGAUUGCAGAGGAGGACCAGCUGCAGGGCGACACGCUCGAGAAGAUGGUCGAGACGAUGCAGGAACUCGAGGAUGUCAACGGGCAGGACUCGCCCGCUGCCGCCGAAUCGGCGACUUCGCCCGACUACGCCGACAAGCCCGAGAUUGGCGUGACGGACGUCGUCGAGCCGACGGAGGAGGAGUACGCGCAUGCCGUCGAUCCUUACACCGUCGGCGAGUGGGAGGGAAGCGUCCUCGACGUCUCCCCUCUCCAGGACGACGAGGAUGACGGCGACGGCAACGGCAACGGGACGAGCAUAUUCCAGCCCGACCCGAAGAGCGGCAUCUUCCACCGAUACACGCUCUUUUCGCCUGGCAUCCUCUUCGCCAUCCUGAUCUCUCUCCUCGUCCUCAUCCCGACAGUGGUGAUCGGCUCGCACGCCCUCCUCUCGAUCGAGACGGUUCAAGGACUCGAGACGAAGAUGCAAGGUAGCGUGGGGCUCGACCCGAGCAAGCAGUAG